CUUUGUGUUGUGAAACUGGUUGAAUUAAGCUGAAAUAUGAACGCAGUCAGUAGACCUGUGUCUGAAAUCAUAAAAAAUCGUGAUGUUGAAGAACCAAAAAAGCGAAGUAGGGAAGAUUGGCGUAAAGCUAAAGAAUUAGAAGAAGCAAGAAAAGCUGGAAAUGCGCCUGCUGCUGUAGAUGAGGAUGGGAAGGAUAUCAAUCCGCAUUUGCCGCAAUACAUUUCAUCUGCUCCCUGGUAUUUUGGUGCUAAAACAGCGACUUUGAAACAUCAGAGACCACAGCCUGACCGGCAAAAGAAGUUCAGCCAGAUUAGUGAUGAUUAUGUUCGAGGCUUAAAAGAUUCAGUAUGUGUGCGUUAUAGAAAAGGUGCCUGUGAGAAUUGUGGGGCGAUGACGCAUGACAAAAAAAAUUGCCUAGAGCGCCCAAGGAAGGUAGGUGCAAAGUACUCACAAGAUGGUUUUGCUCCGGAUGAAGUUCUUCCUCCGAAACUAAUGCUGGAUUAUGAUGGGAAGAGAGAUCGUUGGAAUGGGUAUGAUCCAACAAACUAUCAAACAAUUGUUGACGAAUUUUCUAAAGUUGAAGAGGCAAAACGUCAACUAAAAGAAGAAAAAUUAAAACAAGAUUAUAUGUCUGGAGAAACCAAUCAAACUAAAGAGGGAAAUGCUGAUGUGGAUAUAGAUGAUGAUGAUGAUGAAGAAAAAUAUGCUGACAAUGCUGAUAUGCCGGGUACAAAAGUAGACAGCAAACAAAGAAUUACUGUUAGAAAUCUUAGAAUUCGUGAAGAUACUGCCAAGUAUUUGAGGAACCUGGAUCCAAAUUCAGCAUAUUAUGAUCCCAAAACUAGAGCCAUGAGGGAUAAUCCGUAUAAAACUACUGGUCUAAAUCCAGAAGAGUUGAAUUAUGCUGGUGACAACUUUGUCCGUUAUACGGGAGAUACUUCAAAACAUAGUCAAACGCAGUUAUUUGCAUGGCAAGCUUAUGAAAAAGGAGUUGAAGUUAAUUUGUUGGCUGAACCAACAAAAGCAGAAUUACUCCAUCAAGAAUUUCAGAUAAAAAAGGAAGAAGUGAAAGAUAGCAUUAAAGGAGGCAUAGUUGAGAAAUAUGGAGGAGAAGAACACCUUGAAGCACUCCCAAAAGAACUUAUUUUUGCACAGACUGAAGAUUAUGUUGAAUACUCAAGACAAGGGCAAAUCAUCAAAGGAAAUGAGAAAGUUAUUGUGCGGUCAAAGUAUGAAGAAGAUGUUUACAUCAAUAAUCAUACAUCUGUUUGGGGCUCAUACUGGAGUGAUUUCCGAUGGGGGUAUAAAUGUUGCCAUUCAUUUAUUAAAAAUUCAUAUUGUACUGGAAAUGUUGGAAGAGAAGCCAUAAAAGAAGCUUCUGCACCAACUUUGUUGGAAGAAAAAAUUGAAAAACUUGAGUCUUCCCAAAGUGGUCAAGAAUCUUCAGAUUCAAAAGCUACAUCUGUUCAUGGCAAGAAAAAGAAGAAGAAGAAGGAUAAGAAACAAAAGAAAAAGGAAAGGAAGCAUAACUCUUCUAGUUCUAGUGAUUCAGAGGAUGAGAAAGAAAGAAAACUGAAAAAGGCAUUAAAGGCAGAAGAAAAUCACCAGAAAGAAGCUGACAAAUUACUUGCAAUGGAUGAAAGAAAAAGACCUUAUAACAGUAUGUAUGAGGUGAAAGCUCCAACUGAAGAAGAAAUGGAAGCAUAUUUCAUCAAAAGACAAAGGCAGGAUGACCCAAUGGCUGGUUUUCUUUAAAAAAA